AUGGGUUACUUCAGUUUUAUUAUUCCUUUCUUUCAAUCGUUUUCAGAAGCUCGAGGUGCAGCAGCACCGGUAUUUCGACUUAUUGACGAAGGAAAUGACGUAAAUGUCAAUGAAUCAGAUGUAUGGAAAGAGGAUCAAGAAUCAAUUUAUAAUAUCAAUGGUGAUAUUGAAUUUGACAAUGUUAACUUUAUUUAUCCAUCUCGAAAAGAUGCACCAGUUUUGCGUAAACUCUCUCUUAUCGCUCGUGCUGGUCAGACAACUGCUCUUGUAGGUUCAAGUGGCUGUGGAAAAAGUACAUGUAUAUCACUUUUUCUUCGUUUUUAUGAACCUUCAUCAGGUCGAAUAACAGUUGAUGGUCGAUCGAUAACAGACUAUAAUGUCAAACAACUUCGACAAAACAUUGGAGUGAUUCUGUUUGGCAUAAGUAUUUAUGAAAAUAUUCGUUUUGGUAAAGUGGAUGCAACACGAGAAGAAAUUGAAAAAGCAGCACAAGAAGCAAAUGCACAUCAUUUCAUCAUGAAAUUACCAAAUAAAUAUGAAACACUUGUUGGCGAACGUGGUAUACAGUUGAGUGGUGGAGAAAAACAACGUAUUGCUUUAGCUCGUGCUCUUGUUAAGCAGCCUACAUUUCUUUUAUUGGAUGAAGCAACAAGUGCACUUGAUAAUAUUAGCGAAAAAAUGGUUCAAGAAGCGCUUGAUCGAGCAUGCAAAGGCCGUACUACUAUUGUAAUUGCUCAUCGUUUGACUACAAUUCAAAAUGCUCAUCAAAUAUAUGUACUAGAUAAUGGAAGUGUGAUUGAGCAAGGUACACAUGAAACAUUGAUAGCAAAAGAAGGUGGUAUGUAUCAAUCAAUGGUCAAACGUCAACAAAUGGAAAGAAUCGAUGAUGAUAAAGAUGAUAUGGCGAGCACGCAAAAAGCGACAGAAGAAGAUGAAAAGUUGACAAGUACAACCGGAUGCGGAAAAUCAACAAUAGUUCAACUGUUGGAACGAUUCUAUGAUGUUACUAGUGGUCAACUAUAUCUUGAUGGCGUUGAUAUUCGAAAACUAAACCUGCAAUGGGUUCGUUCUCAUUUCGGUCUUAUUAGUCAAGAACCAAUUUUGUUUGAUUUAACAAUUGCUGAAAAUAUAGCAUAUGGCUUAGAAAAUGUUCCAAUGGAAGACAUUAUCAAUGCAGCAAGUAGAACUAAUAUUCAUCAAUUUAUUGAAAAAUUGCCUCAGGGUUAUGAAACAAGAGUAGGAUUGAAAGGUAGCUUUCUGUCAGGUGGUGAGAAACAACGCAUUGCUAUUGCUCGAGUUCUUCUUCGUCGACCUAAAAUAUUGCUCUUAGAUGAAGCUACAAGUGCCAUGGAUUCACAUAAUCAACAAAUUAUACAAGAAGCUCUUGAACAGGCUCAAAGAGAAGAUUCUAGCCGAACAUCACUCACUAUUGCUCAUCGUCUUUCAACUAUUCGUUCAUGUGAUUUGAUUUGUGUACUUGAUGGAGGACAUAUAGUGGAAAGUGGUACUCAUACAGAACUGAUACAACGACGUGGAGCUUAUUAUAAAAUGCUCGCUGAAAACAAUUUAUAA